ACCGGAAAAAUAUUUUAGGGGUGUUCAACUUAUACGGUACGGUACGGUAUGAAAAUUAAAAGCCGUAUUGCUGACCAGUGACGUCACUUCCUUCAAACUUGACACGUCGAAUUCACCGGUAGACAGACAAACGAAAGAUGCCAGCACCAGCUAGUGCAACAUCAGUAGGAGGGGGCAGGUCCCCAUCAUCAUCUAAAACAGUCUCACCAAGAUCUGGUGGAUCAACUGUCAGACAAAGGAAAACACCAUCAUCAAGUAGUGCUGGGCGUGCAAAGCCUGCUGGAGGUGGCAGUGCUGGUAUGUGGAGAUUCUACACAGAAGACUCUCCAGGAAUUAAAGUUGGACCAGUACCAGUAUUAGUUAUGAGCUUGAUUUUCAUUGCCUCUGUGUUCAUGCUUCACAUCUGGGGAAAAUACACCCGAGGAUAAACAACAACCAGUUUAGGAUAUAUAAACUUUAUAAACAUUUUUAAAGAUAAAACAACUACAUUAUGGUGCAAUUUGCUUUAAUAAUAAAUUGUGUAAGAAAAAUACAAAAACACAGAAAAUCAAUUUUAUAUUGAAAUGUGAAAAUUUUAAGAUUUUAAUAAAAGAGAGAAAUGAGAAUGUAAUUUAUUGUAACAGCGAUGUAAUCAGUGUGAUGACUCAAUUUGCACCAGCAUGAAGGACCAAAGAAAAUUUUCAUUUUGGAAUGAAUGAAAACAGAGUUUAGAAAUUGCUGUCCAAUUAUAAUUUUAAAGAAAAGUAUUGUGAAGGGAAUUGUAUUCCAAUUUUGCUAAAGAAAUAUUGUCAAGUUAAAUUAAUAUUCUUCCACAUUGAUUUUGAAAUUUUCAUUGUUACUAGUUGUAUUUUAAGGCUCAUUUUAAUAAUGCAUUAGAUUGUGUUAUUCCUGAAGAAAUACAUUCAUCACAUUUACAAUAGGGUGAAUCAGGUCCAUUUUUGUCAUGAAAUAAAUGAUAAUUAUUUCACUGUCAGUCGUGUAUGUAUUAGCUGGUGAGAGGUGAAUUGUCAUUUGUAUUUUUAUGAAACUUUGUCUAUUUUAUGCUGUAAAAUAUUGAGAAAAAUAUGAAAUAAAUGAACUAUUUAUGAA